GCGGGGGCAGGGUUCGGACUUCGUCGUCGUCGAACACGUGGCGAAAUCCUAGCCAUACCCCCGGUUCCCAUCGAUUCAGGAGAAUCGAUGGUUGGUGGGGGUAGGGUUCGGAUGUCGCCACAUAAAGAAGGGUAAGGGGUAGGACGUCAGACAUGGCGCCGGCGCACCUGGCUUGUCCUUCCUCCCCACUUCCUCCUUCUUCCUCUUUUCCCCUUUCACCUUUUACUGACAGGCGGGUAGGCAUCGUUUUUGCCGCUCCCCACUGUCGCAGAUGCAAGUGAUGGUAGUGAACAGGCCCGCACUAGUAAAAGUGACUACGUGGCGGCAGUCAAGAGCGCCGUGGACGAGUUUCAGUCGUAUGCGAAAGAACGCUUCGGGUUCGUAAUGGAGAUCAAGCUUUUGCUGAGCGUGGAUCGAGGCAAAGUCUCGUGCAAGGAGGAUGCUCUCAGCCAGAUUGACGACAUCGUGGCCUUGAGCCAGGAGUUUAAGGACUCCCCAGACUUUGUGGUCGGUAUGGACGUCUGUGGGAAUCCUGCGAAGCCCACGGUGGUCCCCUACGUGAUCCCCGCAAUGCUGGAGCGGAGAGAGGCAUUCGUGGAGCUCCCGGUCACGUUCCACACCGGGGAGGUGGUCGACGACGCCGAGUGCAACCUGAUUCUCGACAGCAUGGGAGUUCUAAACAUCAGGCGGCUGGGGCACGUGUGCUUCUUGGGCGAGGCGGCCCGGAGGCGGCUCUUCGAGGGCGAAGGUCGGCCCGGUGACCACCACCGUAGCAUUGCCUGGACUUCCAACCUCGUCACCCGCGGGCUGACGAGCCUGGCGGACCACCACUUCCGCGACUGGUGGAGGAGAGGGCUCGGAGAGGGUGCUGCUGAGCAUCAACACCGACGACGUCGGCCUCUUCUCGUGCGAUCUCACCAGCGAGCUCCACGACCUGGCGGCGGCCUUCGGGCUCUCCCGCGAGGACCGGGACCUGCUGGAGGUCCAGCGGCAGGCGCUGCGCUCCUCCUUCCACCCGCGGAGGGCCGGGCUCCUGGAGGCGCUGGAGGCCAUGGCGCGGCGGGGCUGACGUGCGGACCCUGCGCAGCUGGAGCGCGGGGGUCGCAGCGCGGGUGCCGGCCGUGGAGCGCAGUGCUGAGCGGGGGAGAAAAGGUUGCGGCACCGAUGCGGCUGCUCGCCCCGGAG